GCCGAAGAUGGCGGAGAGUUUGUAGAGGCGUAAAAGAAACUGCUGUACUCAAUGAAAGCGUCGAAGCCGGAGAUGUGGAGACAUUGAAGUGACACUAGACCCUGAAUGGAGUUUGACUGGGGCUUGUACUGGCCAAGGUGCUGAUAUGCGCUGAAGAUGAGUGGCGUAGGAGACAACUCGUUGGAGCCACUGUGCUCCGACCGCAAACGUAAAUUGUCCACCUGUGACACACCAGGCUUAGGGUGUGACAAGCGUCGGAGGGAACAGGAGAGCAAGUACAUUGAGGAGCUGGCUGAGCUCAUCUCUGCCAACCUUUCCAACAUUGACAGCUUCAACGUCAAGCCUGACAAAUGUGCCAUCCUCAAGGAGACCGUGAGGCAGAUCAGACAAAUCAAAGAGCAAGGAAAGAGUUCUUGCAGCGAUGACGAUGUUCAGAAGGCGGAUGUGUCCUCCACUGGUCAAGGGGUCAUUGACAAGGACCAUCUGGGGCCGCUGCUCCUACAGGCCUUGGAUGGCUUUCUCUUUGUGGUUAACCGCGAGGGCAGCAUUGUAUUUGUGUCAGACAAUGUGACACAGUACCUGCAGUACAAGCAGGAGGAGCUGAUUAACACCAGUGUUUACAACAUCAUCCAUGACGAGGACAGAGAGGAGUUCCACAAAAAUCUUCCCAAGUCCAAUGCGCCAAAUGGAGCAUCAUGGAGCGGAGAGGCACCCGGUCAGAAAAGUCACACCUUCAACUGUCGUAUGCUGGUGAACUUUGUUCAUGGUCAGAGUCAUGGGAUGUCAGAAGAGAGGCCCGGGGGCCAGCGCUAUGAGACCAUGCAGUGUUUUGCCCUCACCCAGCCUCGGGCUAUGAUGGAGGAAGGAGAUGAUUUGCAGUCAUGUAUGAUCUGUGUGGCACGACGCAUCACUGCAGUAGAAAGGACAGAGAGGUUUAGCACUCGCCACGAGCUGUCUGGCAAACUGAUUGAAAUUGAACAGCAAAGCUCUCUUCAAACAACGAUGCGUCCAGGCUAUGAGGAUCUGGUGAGACGCUGCAUGCAGAUGUUUCUCAAUCGCAGUGAAGGUCAACCCUGGUCCUUCAAACGUCACUAUCAUGAUGCAUUCAAUAAUGGCCACGCAGAGACGCCACUCUACCGCUUCUCGCUCGCUGAUGGCACCCCAGUUACAGCCCAGACAAGGAGUGACCUCUGUAGGAAUCCGAACACAAAUGAACCGCAUUCUUUCCUGUCCACACACUUGCUACAAAGGGAGCACAAUGGUUAUCGUGGGAACCAGGGUGGCGGCAUGAGGCCUCAAAAUAUGGGUGUGAACAACCCCAACCAGCAAAUGAACGUGGGCCCAGGAGGUGGCAUGGGCAUGAACCGGGGCUACGCCAUGGCUGAACAGGGCAAUAUGCCACAAAGAGGAGUGCCUCCGUACACUGGGGGCAACCGCAUGAACCCCAUGAACCAGAUGAAUCAAAUGAAUUCCAUGCAUCAGAUGAAUCCAAUGCAUCAGAUGAAUCAAAUGAAUUCCAUGCAUCAGAUGAACAACAUGGGUCAAAUGAAUCAGAUGAAUCAAAUGAAUUCCAUGCAUCAGAUGAACUCGCCCAUGAACUCAAUGAACCAAAUGGGAUCCAUGAACCAGAUGAAUCAGGUGGGACAUCACGGCAUGCAUCAGCAGCAGCAGCACCAACAUCAGCAGAUGGGUCAGUUCCAUGGAUCCGGAGGCGGACCUGGAGGUGGAGGGUACGGGAUGGGAAUGACCAGCCCUCCUCAGGCCAGUCCAGGGAUCAACGGUCCUCCACACAAUGUCAUGGGUUCACCCAGAGUCCGAGGAAGCCCCAAGACAGGUGCCAGUCCAUUCUCUCCUGGAGGUAUGAACUCUCCCAUGAGCUCCACCAAUGCUGGUAACUCUGGAGGAGGAGGUACCAGCUUCUCCAGCAGCUCAUUGAAUGCUCUCCAAGCCAUCAGUGAGGGAGUGGGCAAUCCAAUGCCCUCCCCACUCACCUCUCCUCCUCCUCCUCCUCCUCCUCACAAGCCUGACAGUUCCCCAAGCAUCAACUCCACCAAUCAGACUGCAGGAGGACCCUGUAAACCAGGCCCCCCAGCCUACUCUGACUCCAAGAGCCCAGGCAGCUCACUGGGGACUGGUGGCGAGCAGCAGUCUCAGCAGCCUCCACAUACCCCCACCAGUGAGGGUCCUCCUGACAAACCAGACAGCCAAGCCAGCAGAGAGGCAGGUCUGGGUGGCGGGGAAUCCAACCGACGGGUCCCUGACAGCAAAUACCACAAGAAGCUUCUGCAGCUCCUCACCUCCCCUACAGACGAGCUGGUGCCACCCAAUCACCCGCCAAGCUCCGGGCCGAGUUCCACGCCUGAGGCUAAGGAUGGAACAGCUGGUGUCACCAGUCCCUCCUCUUCAACAGGAGUCUCGUCCUCCACAAGCGGGAACCAUGGCGCUGUGUCGUCUUCUGGUGGGACAGGACAUUUACCAAGUCAGUCACUGCAGGCGAAGCACAAGAUCCUUCACAAGCUCUUGCAGAAUGGGAACACACCUGAUGAAGUGGCUCGCAUCACAGCUGAGGCCACAGGAAAGAGCAGCUUGGAUUCAGGGGCACCGGAGCCAGGGCCUGAGGCCGCUGGAGGGGUUAGAGGAUCAGAAUCAAAGCAGGAGCAGAACAGUUCCAAGAAGGAGAAAGCCCGCGCCCUCCUUCACUACCUCCUCAAUAAAGACGACUCUAAAGAAAGUGGUGAUAUGAAGCCAAAGCUGGAGGAUUUGGAUGGGAGAGGAGCUCAGGGGGCUGGGGUCACCAGCUCCGACCCCCACUGCAUGGAUGGCAAGGUCAAGCUGGAGCCAUCUGAUGAGAAUGAAACCCUGGAGACCAUCCUGGGUGUCCCGAGGAACAACUCUGGCUUUUACCCCGAGCCAGACUCCAGAGGUGGAAAGGAAGUGGGAAGCAAACAGGGAACUGUUUCAGACAGUUUACAUGAUGGGGAGAGAGGCCCAAUGCUUCCAGCUCAGCGUAGUGCCUAUCAACGAGCCUUGUCCAUGGAUGCUAAGCCUAUGGGUGGAGAUGGACCGGUAGGAGGUGGGCUGGCUACAAGACGGAACGUCCCCUGUCCUACGCUGGUCAAACAAGAGAUCAUGGAUGCUCCUAUUCGACCUGGACCUAUGCCCAAUGGCUUUCAUGGGGGCAUGGUGUGUCCACCCCGGGCCAAUCCAACAAGGGGUAUGAUCAGAGGUAUGGGUAUUCAUCAGCGCCCUCCUAUGGCAGGGCCAGGGGAGUGGGGGAUGCCAAGAUCUGGCAACAGCCCAGUGGCUGGACCAGGAAACCCAGGCAUGGUUCGCUCUGGGCCAAUGGGAGGACCCAUGAUCAAUCGCUCCAACAGCGCACCUGGAAACACCAGGUCAAUGCUGCAGCAGCAACUCAUGGAUAUGGGUACCAAUGAAGCCAAUAUGGGAAUGAGUCCAUUUGUUGGACAUGGACCCCCACCUCAGUCCCCCUCCUGGCCAGACUCUGCCAUGGGAAUGGACAGACCACAGAGUAACACAAACAGAGACCAGUUUGCACACCCCCUGGAUGAGCUGCUGGGGCCCCUGACCAACAGCGAGGGCCCAAGUGACGAACGGGCACUUCUGGACCAGCUGGACUCUCUGCUCAACACUGCAGAUGUCAUAGCUCUGCAGGAAAUAGAUCGAGCUCUAGGCAUCCCUGAAAUCGUAGGCCAGCCGCAGGGACCUGAAGGCCGUCAGCAAGGCCACGAUCAAGGCCAGGGCCAGUGUCCUCCAUCAGAACCUUUUCCAGGGCCAGACUCCUCCAUAGGCGUGGACCAAAAACCAAUGUAUGGCCAGGGCUACCCGGGCCCCCCAGGGCCCCCUUCCAUGGGCAUGCAGCCCGGUUAUGGCAGCAACACAAUGCAAGGCCAGACUCCAGGAGGCUUCAACCCCAUGAUGAAUCAGAUGGGCCAGACAGGGGGCUUUCCAGGCAUGGCAGGCAUGGGGGGUAUGGGCAACCCUCGCGUAAACAUGACAAGACCUCGCAUAAUGAAUGCAAACAAACCUCUUCGGCUGCAACUACAGCAGAGACUACAAGGACAGCAGUUUAUGAACCAAACACGACAAGGCAUAAAGAUGGAAAAUGCCCCUGGAGGAAACCCUGCCAUGCGUCCAGGCAUUCAACCAGGCAUGCAGCCUGCAGGCAUGAGUGGUCAGCCUGGUUUCACGAAUGUUCAGAUGAUGGCUCAGCGCAACAGGGAGAUGAUGACCAUGCAGAUGAGAAGGCAGCGCAUGAUGAUGCUGAUGCAGCAGCAGCAGCAACAGCAACAGCAACAGCAGCAGGGGGGUCAGGGUCAGGGGCCAGCAGCAGGCUUCAGUCCUCCCCCUAAUGUCACAGCACCAGGAGGCAUGGACGGCCCCAUGGGAGGUCCCCCCAUGACCCAGCCUGGACAGCAGGGUUUCAACUAUGGAGCUAACUAUGCGAUGAACCAGCAGGGGGACCCAUCAUUUAUUCCUCCAGGUAGCAGCCCGCCAGGGAAUAUGAUUCCAGGACGAAUGGGAGGCCCUCCACAGAACAGCAUGAUGCCAGGGAUGCAGGGAACUCCACAGGGAGGACACAUGUACCCCUCUGGAGAGAUGAAAGGCUGGCCACAGGGCGGCAUGCCACGAAACAACUCAUACCCCCAGCAACAGUUCCCCCAACAGGGCAACCAGGGCCAGUUUGGACCUAUGAUGAUGAACAACUCCAUGGGUGGACCAGGGCCGGUCAGUGGGGCCGGUGCAGGACAGAUGGCCCAAAUGCCAGGACAGAUGCAGGGCCAAAUGGGCAUGAACCCUAUGGGAAUGGGCAGAAUACCAAUGGGACCCGAUCAGAAGUAUUGCUGAGGAUCUGUGGCUGACUGCAGAAUCUGGACCCUUUCAGCUGUGGCAGUGCGUGCUGGACACACAAACAUGUGCACACACACACACACACACACACAUACACACACUGUAGGAAUUGCCCAGCUUAAAAUGUGACACAGAAGACUCAGCACAACACAUUGUUCGCCCUGGAGAAGGUGGAGGACUAAUAUGUGCUCGGUUUCACCCCUUUGCUGAAGCCUUGCACAAACACACACACACACACAAUCAUAAAAUAGCAGUGUGUGUGCGUGUGUGUGUGUUUGUAUGUGUUCAGGUGACUGACUUGAAGCGGUCGGGCAGUAUUCAGCGUCACAGCCAGGAUGCAGAACAGGACUACGGUACAACUGGCUGUGGCUGCACUUUACCUGGAGGCUUCUGUGUGGGAAAAAAAAGAUUGAUGCAAUAUUUCUUCAUCAUUACAGCCUUACUAGAGAUUCAAUGCCUUCACAACAAUGGGUUUCUUUUCUUUUCUUUUUUUUUUUUUCCUCCUUUUCUUAUCCUUUGGAUGCGCCUCAUUCUUAAAAGUCAGUGGAAGCUAUAAGCACACAGUUUACUAUGUUAUGCAGAUUGGAGCAAUAACUCUUGCCUCUAUGCUUUAGACUAUAACUGAGCAUCAUAAUCCCUGAUAUAAGCAAGCAAAUGGUACUGCAGUAUUAGAUGUCUCAUGUCCUCUGUGAAUAUGAAUUGUAAAUAUUCUACAAAAUAUAUCAAACAUGCUUUUUAAAGGCCCAUUCUUGCACAAAGUAUGAGACCUGGUUGUAUUUUUGUGUCCCAUAGGUCAAUACUGAUUUGGUUGAUUUACUGUUUUUUUUUUUAUGCUUUUGCAAAUAUUGCAGGCGCGUUCGGGUGUCCGUUCCCCUCGUUUGUCAUUUUCUGAAUGCUUUUUCAUUUUCCAAAAAAAAAAAAAAGUUAUGUAUUUCAUGUUUUAGAAAGGCACUUUUUACUCGUGGUGAGGGUCGGAUGUGUUGAAGGUUGAAGCUUUUGACGCCAUCAGACGCUUUAGUGGAAGGUGGGGAACGUUUUAUUCUGUCAGGACACCGAGACGACAUCGACGAAAUGAUUUUGUCGGGAGGUGAGUUGUGCCGCGUUUGUCUGCAGUACGGCGAAGGUUGGAACACGGGAUUCGUCAGUUCGCCAAGAAGCCCGGUCCUCGCAGCGUUCUCCCACCAGCUCAGUCUGUCAAGUGUAUCUUUAUUCUCAUGUUCUUUUGACUGUUAUCAACUCGCUGAAUCUACCUUUUCAACAUGCGCAAUCCAAAGAUAUUUUUCCACAUCUGUGUAUAGUUUCUGAGGUUUCUGGUGUACAUUUUUUAUGAUAUGUGUUAUAUUAUUCUGAUGGUAAAUGGGUACACGUGUACAUCUGUAAAAAGCGUAGGAUGGUUAUUGACAUGGGAUAGUUUGUUCCACAGUGGGAAGCUAUCAUUGCAGUGUGAAGAGGACUGGAAACUCUCAACCCCACAGCAGAACGUUUUUUUGUUUUGUUUCUUUUUUUUUUACACUUGGAAAAGAAAGCAUGUUUUGCUGUGACAGAGGAAUACCAAUGGAAUGAAAUCCACUUUAAGACAUAUCAAUAUCUCAUCUGUUUUUCAGGAAAACAACUUCAUUUUAUGUCCAGAUUUUUGUUACUUCAGGAAAAAAAAGAAACUUUGUAGAGUUUGAAUGAAGUGCAAAAGAGGCAAGAGAUCAUUUGGUUUGUUUCUGUUUUUGUUUUUUUCCUUGGAGGUAAGAUAAGCUGUCAUUUUACAGGAUGUAUAUUACAGAUUUUUUUCUGUUGAUGUUGAAAUUUAUGUAAAUACAAAUUUCUAUUUAAACAGUC